GCUAUUUUGAUUUGGCUUGAUUUUGUUUAUCCAGCCAUUACUUGUCCGCGAAAGUUGGCAGCCCUGCAUUAUUGCAUCAAUACCAUUUUCCUAUUUCGGAGCUGCGUUGCAAAAUUGGGCAAAACAAAGUAAAUAAACAGCAAUUUGUUAUACAUAAGGACAAGCAUGGCAGAUGCCAAUGCAGCCGUUGCAGCAGCAGGCAAAACGCCGGCAAUUGACAAACGAGUACACAACAUUGGCGAUUUAGCGCUUUGGCAGCGCUCCCGUGCCUACUAUGACCUCAUUGGUUUUAUCAACGGCACCAGCACAGCCAUUCAGGGCAUUAAGACUACCGAUGAGAUGCACGAGUCUGAGGUGCUGCGCAAACUGCUGCAGAUAUUCGAUGUUCUGGAACAGCUGGUGGAGCGGAAUCCGCCGCUGGAGCAGCCUCAGAGAUUUGGCAACAAGGCGUAUCGGGACUGGGCGCGUCAGAUGCGCGAUGAUAUCCCACAGAAGCUGGCCCAAGCGCUGCCCACGCAGAAGCACAAAUACCUGAACGAACUGCAGCAAUAUCUGAUGGAGGCUUUUGGCAAUGCGACGAGAAUUGAUUACGGCACUGGACAUGAGCUGUCCUUUCUGUUCUUCAUGUGUGCACUCUUCAAGGCAGAGGUACUGUUGGAGCAGGACAUUGUAAGUGCCGCGUUGCGUUUGUUCAAUCGCUAUUUGGAAUUUGUGCGUCAGUUGCAACGUGCUUACAAUAUGGAACCUGCUGGAAGCCAGGGCGUGUGGUCGCUGGACGACUAUCAGUUCGUGCCCUUUAUCUGGGGCAGUGCACAGUUAGCGGUGAAGAGUCCCUUCGAUCCGGCCAAGUUUGUGGAUGAACAAGUCAUCAAUGACUAUAAAAAUCAUUUCAUGUUCAUCGGCUGCAUCGAUUACAUUUGUAAAGUGAAGACCGGCCACUUCGGUGAGCACUCGAAUCAGCUUUGGAGCAUAACAGCUGUGCCCUCAUGGGUUAAGAUCAAUGCGGGUCUGGUUAAAAUGUACCAAAAAGAGAUUCUCUCCAAGUUUCCUGUCAUACAGCACGUUUACUUUGGGGAAUUGAUGUCCUUCGAUACAGUGGCCUCGGGUACACCCCUAAGCAGUGCACGUCUCGGUUAUGUGGCGCCUCCACCCUCGAAGCGCAUUUGCAUAGGCACACCUGCUCCGCCGGCGCCUGUUGCUGCGCCACCACCGCCCGCUGAGGCGCUACAGAACGAUUUGAAUGUGGGGGACUCGAGCAGUGAGAGCAGCGAUAAUAGCGUUGUGUUGCGUCCACGCACAGGCUCGCCAGCCUCACUGGUAGCCACCGAAGGCUCAAGCAUGUGCAGCGACAAACCUGCGAGUCAAGAUGAAGUGGGCGAUGCUAGCAAACAGCCGGCGGACUAGCUGGUUUUUCCCUCCCUGCUGUUGAUUCUCGCAUCUUUUUUUAACGCGUUAUGUUGACAAAGAGUUCUAAAUUAUAUGUAUAUUUAACUAACA